AUGUCAAAAAAAUUAAUACGAAGAAUUUCCACGUCUGUAGGAACCCUAGAAGUUAGGUCUUGGUUAUUCUGUUACGGCAAAAUAGAAGCCGUAACGCAUAUCAAGCAACAAGGAUACGUCUUGGACAAUGUUUCAUCGACAGUAUUGACUGAUGAAAGUUUAACCCCAGGCCGACCUCCUUGUUUAACCCAGAGGACAAUUGGAAAAUUUUUACAGCCACUCACGCGAGAACUUGCCGAAAUACCGCCCAAGCCUACUAUCGAUGAACUGCCGGGUCCGGUGAUAGAGAGAAUGGUGCAGAAAGACAAAGCUUUUUGGGUUGACAAGCCAGGAUCGAAUGCUUACGUUCUCCAUGAUGCUUAUAACAGCUAUGGAAUGACGACUGAAACUGUUAUACCACAUCAUCAAGAUGUAUUUCCUCGUUCGUAUCAAUACGACCUGGAUUGUAUAAAAUAUCGUCGCGAUCAUGCUUGCGAUGGAUUAAAACAAAAACAUAGUAACAAGCCAAUACGUGCUCAAUGCCGAGAUUGUACCAAAUUAAAUGUGCCAGGACUGAGUCCAUUUCAACUGGCCUGGGCAAAAGAUCCAGGGCAAAAGCGGUGGCGCGACUAUCCCGAUGUCGCUGCUAACAUGACGAAAGAAGAAAUACGUUUAUUAAUGACAGAGGUAGGGCGUCCAUUUCAAAACGAAGCUUGCAACUGGUAUUACGAGAAUUAUCCACCUGUUACAUACGAUUGUAUUUUGCGGAAAUUUUCGAAAUAA